AGAAAAAUGUAAUUUCAUCACUUUUUAAUUUCUAAUAUAAAUAUUACCUAUGUAUUACUUGUUGUUACAAGUGUUACAUAAAUAUUAUAAAUCGUGAUCUUUUAUAAAUGUUUUUAAACAAUAAUGGUUUUACCUUAAUAAAUGAUAAAAAUACAUUAAUAUAAAUAUUUAUUUAGUUGAUGGAAUAUAAAGGUAUGUUUCAAUUAAACUUGUAAAGAUAAUAUUGUUAAGAUAUUAAUUUUAGUGAAAUUAUAAUUUCAUGUUUUUACUUUUUAGAUAAAAGAAUGCGUAGAGCUCACGGAGGAAAUUAUUAUGACCCAUUGCCUUCAAGUAGUUCAUAUGGCGGUGACUUUAUUGAAACAGAGAAUGAUGAUUUAACAGAACAGUUAAAAGAUAAGGUGAAUACUUUGAAGUCUCUUUCUAUUGAUAUUGGUGCAGAAGUAAAAUACCAAGAUCGAUUACUAAGAGACAUGGAUCAUGAUUUUGAAACAACUGGAGGAUUUUUGAGCAACACACUUGGUCGAGUUACAAGGCUUAGUAGAAAUAGUGGUGGCUACAAUAUGCUUUAUCUAAUAUUAUUUAGUGUGGCUGUAUUUUUUAUUUUAUAUAUAUUUUUAAAACUAAGAUAAAAAUGUAUAUGGUAUAGCAUUCAUUAUUGUUGAUUAAUGGGAUAAGUAACCAAAAUUCCAUGUUUUAAAUCAUAUAAUUAUUUUAAAAAUAUAAUUACCUUCCUAUAUAAUAUUAAAUUUAUUAAAAAAAAAUGAAAUAUAAUUUUGUGGCUUAUGGUAUGUAUUAUUGAUUUUAAAAUAUAGAAAAUUAUGAAAUCAAUGGUAUUUAGUAUAUAAUCUGUAUAUUCGUUAAUGUUUUGUAAUGGCACCAGCAGUGACACCAUCAAAUGACAAAGGGCCAUAAUUUUCAGUGUUUGUAGUAGAAUUGGCUCUGGUCUUAUCAAAUAUAAAGUAAUCGAC